AUGCAACGACUGAGGAAUGCCAUCGGACAGCUGCAGGGCAAGCUGCAGCGGCGUGUUCAGGGCCUGAAGCAGCUCGAAGGCUUGGUGGAAGCAGGAAGCAAGAAGGCGAAAACCGCGAAGGAGAAAGCGAUUCUCCACGCUGAGGUGGAAUUGCAGCAAAGCUUCCAAUCAGAGCUGGCAGAGCUGCAGCCUGUCCAAAUCACUGGCCUCAUACUGGAGCUGAUUUGUCACCAGCACGGAGCCGCUUCAGCAGCCUGGAAAGGCAAAACCGAGGAGGAAGCAGCCGUUGUCGUCCAGAUGGUUGCCGAAGCCAGUGCCGCUUCAAACGCAGAGGCUGCUGCCGCCAGCGAGGCCCAGGCCGCCUUGGCUACAGCAGAGGCAACCUCUGCUGAAAGUGAGGCUAUCAGUGGUGCUAACCUGACGGCACGACGUUUGCAAUCGCUUUCCCAAACGCUCCAGGGACAGACAAUCACUCGGCCUGGGCUCAAGAAUCUGUCUGAGAAACUCGCGACGACAUCAGAAGAUCUCUCUCAGCAAGUUGAGGCUUGCAUGGAAGCUCGGCAACGGUUCGGCAAGAUUGAAGAGGAGGAAAUCGAAGCCACGGAAUUGGCCAAAACCUCAGAGGCCACAAGCCUCGAACUCCAGGAGCAAGUGAGAUUGCUCGUCUUGGCUUCAAGUGCAGCCUGUGAGUUGAGAAAUGCAGAAGCAAGCUUGGGCCAGGGAGAGGAGGAGUUAGAAAGGAUCAGUGGGCAGCUGAAUGUCAAAGCUGCAAGCUGUAAAGAGCUUUUUGAGCAAAGGUGUCUUGCCGAAAGCCGAGCAGAAGCGGAGGAGCUCUUGCUGAGCCAGCUUCAGUCAGAAAGUCAAGGGCUAGACUCGCGAUUGCAAAGGGCGGAAGCCAGGCAACAAACCCAGGAGAGACGCUGCAGACAGGAAAGGGCAGAGUGGAAGCAACAGCUCCGACAACACCAGUUGCAUGGCGUGAACGCGCGGAAGAGCAUCGGAAACUUUGCCACAGAGCCGCUUGCAGUCGUCUAUGAAGCGGUCCCGGACCACACCGCGCAAGAAGCAUGGGAGUGCAAUGGUUUGGUGCAAGAGAAGAAUGCACUAGAAGAGCAAGCAAAAGAGUUGCAGAUUCAGCUGGAAGCAACAAGGCGUCGACACCAUACGUUGGUCAAGGAAAAUGACACCGAAAGAUACUUGGCAAAGCGUGGUGAGGAAGUCCUUGCCAAAGAGAUUGCAUCUGCAAGAGGUCGAGUGACCGCAAUGUCGUAUGAGCUCGACCGCCUGCUUCAAGUCACUGCUGGUCCAGAUGCCAGCAACGAUCGCAUCUGCACGAGCUUUUCAGGUCAGGCCAAUCGCGCGAGCGAGAGCGACACUGCCAAGCAGGCUUUUCGAGCUUUCAAGGGCCGAUCCAAGAAGCUGCAGGCUUCAUUGGCACAGGAACAAGAGCAAGGCCGGCAACUGCGAGAUCGAGUUUCCCAGCUCAAGCAUGUCAAUGUUCAGCUUCGUGAGCGCAUCCGGGAUGCUGAGCAGAGAUUACACGUGAGUCGUGAUGACGUGGAGCGAAAGCGGGUGCUUGCUGCAACUUUGCAAAAGCGGCGUCAGGAGUCUGCCGAGCAGACUGCACUUGCAACGCAGCAAGAAGAGGAAAGCAGCAGAUCACUCCAGCAACUUCGGAGUGAUGCUGCGAGAAAGGAUGCUGCCAUCAAAAACUUGCAGAACGAGAUAGCAUCAGCCCAGCGAGAAACAAAUCAAGCCAGUGGCAAAGAUAGAGGUCAGCAAGAAGAAGCCCGAUCCAAAAUGCAGGUCGAGCUGCAUCGCAAGGAGCAGCUACUGCACGACGCGCGUGCAAAGGCACAGCUUCUCAAGACCCGCUUGGAUGCAGAGGUCCGGCGAGAUGUUCGUGCUCGGCGUGUUGCCAGGAGCGUAUCGAGCAGCCGUUUGGAACGAAGCCCAGAGACAGGAAGUGAUGAUUUGGCAGAGUCUCCUUUGCCACCAUCGGGUGCUGAACGUGCAAGGGAACCCGUGUGCAGUCUGGAAUGUCUUAGAAGCUCGGGUUUCUCAGCAGUUGAAGAGCUGUCCGGCAUAAUAUUUCAGGCGGCAAACUCCGCAGACUCUUCCUGGGAACUGUCGACGGCUGUCCAAGAGUCUUUGCAGAUAUUGAACCUCCAGCAGGAGGAUUUGGCAGAGUUCCUGCCCCCAACGGAGACU